UCCCACGCUCCCCCCUUACGUCGCCUCUCGUUGGCCGCGGCUUAGCGCACUCACCUCCUCUGUACCGGAUUUUCUACCCGCGCGUGCGCAGUAGCCUGCAGACCGGAGUUGCGUUUAAAUGAGCGACAGAGAGUUCUGAAUCCCUGCUGUGUCAGUGGCCGUGGAGGAUUGUGAUUUGUACCUGUUGAGAUCCUCCCUCUGUGUGGGGCUGUGUUACAGGGAGCUCGCUGUGGUUUUCUAAGUAUUGAACAGCCUAUUUUCAACACUCGGGUCACUUCCCAAGACUGAUCUUACCUGAGAAGGAAGACCAGAGGAGGAGGAAAGCAAGGAGUCAGAAAUGACUCGUUCCCAGGGACGGCUGAUGUUCCAGGAUGUGACCAUAGACUUCACUCAAGAGGAGUGGGAAUGCCUGGACCUCGGUCAGCGGGACUUGUACAGGGAUGUGAUGUUAGAGACCUACGGGAACCUGGGCUCCUUGGGUCUUGUGGUCUCAAAGCCGGACCUGGUCACCUUUCUGGAGCAAAUGAAGACUCCCUGGGAUGUAAGGAGAACGGACACAACAGCCACAUACUCAGCUGUGUCUUCUCACAACACCCAUGGUUUGAUGUCAGAGAAUCCAAGGUUUGAAAAUUCAAUCCAAAAAGCAAACCUAUAUGAAAGAGCUCACCUCGGAAAUGAACAUUUAACCAAAGACUGGGGACAUACAAGGGUAUGUGACAGACUGAGAGAAUGUUUACAUGGACAUAAAGACAUUGAGACCGUUUCACAUACUGUGGACAUGACUCUCAGAAGAAAUGAGCACUGGGAGUCAAAUUGGGGAAAGCACCCGAUUCAGUCAUCACCGUCUGCCGCGCACUGUAUCUUUGUAAGCAAUGACUCACAUCAGUUUUUGAAACACACACGUUCCCUGAGGGGAAAUGUGGAAAAUCUGGAAGGUCAUCCAGUCUCUACUUCAAAUGCUCGUUCAGACCACUCUGAACAUAGACUUCGAUUACACAUACAUUCAACCACGUCUGAAAAGGAGAAGUUUACAAAUGAUGGAGAAAACUCACAAUAUAAUCAACUUGAGGGGUCUGUGAGCUGCAGGUCAUUAUUCUUCCACCAACAGACAGGUUCUCUCCAAUCCAAAAUGUGUAAUGUUGAUAAUAAUGGAAGAGACUUAAUUCAGCCAUCACUGUUUGAUACAUAUAAUGGUAGGGUUAAUAUAAAACAACUUUUCAUGUGUAAUAACACCAGUCAGGCCUUAAGUACGAGCUCCAACCCCAAUAGAUUCCAGAGUAUUUAUGAUGGAACAAGAAACUGUUCAUGCAAUGACAGUGGAUAUAACAUUGAACAAGACUCUGAUCUUAGGAAACAUCAGGCACCUCAAUCUUCAGAUAAGAAUUCUAAAAGUAAUACAUGUAGGAAUAUCUUUUAUCAAGCAUCAGGUCUUUCACUAAAUAAGAGUACACAUACUGGAGAGAAGACUUACAAUUGUAGUGAAUAUGAUGUGUCUAAUCAGUCUUCAGAACUUAUUCAACAGCAGAGUAUUCAGAAUCCACAGAAAAACUACAAGUGUAAGAAACGUGAGAAAGUCUUUACUAACACACUCAAUCUACGUAAACAUAGGGAAAUUCCUACAGGAUGGAACACUUUCAAAUGUACAGAAUGUGACAAAGCGUUUAAUCAGAGUUCAAAACUUAGUCAACAUCAGCGAAUCCAUAUUGGCCAGGAGCCUUAUAAAUGUAAGGAUUGUGGCAAAGGCUUUAUUCAACGCAGAGAUCUUACUUGCCAUCAGAGAAUUCACACUGGAGAGAAACCUUAUAAAUGUCAAGAAUGUAGAAAAGCUUUCAGUCAAUACGCAACUCUUAGUAAACACCAGCGAAUUCAUACUGAAGAGAAGCCUUAUAAAUGUAAGGAUUGUGGCAAAGACUUUAGCCGGGUCUCAGGCCUUAUGUACCAUCAGAGAGUUCAUACUGGAGAGAAGCCUUAUAAAUGUAAGGAUUGUGGCAAAAGCUUUAGCCGGGACUCAGGCCUUAUGUACCAUCAGAGAGUUCAUACUGGAGAGAAGCCUUUUAAAUGUAAGAAUUGUGGCAAAGACUUUAGCCGGCACUCAGGCCUUAUGUACCAUCAGAGAGUUCAUACUGGAGAGAAGCCUUUUAAAUGUCAGGAUUGUGGCAAAGGCUUUAGCCGGCACUCAGGCCUUAUAUCCCAUCAGAGAGCUCAUACUGGAGAGAAGCCUUAUAAAUGUAAGGAUUGUGGCAAAGACUUUAGCCGGCACUCAGGCCUUAUGUACCAUCAGAGAAUUCAUACUGGAGAGAAGCCUUUUAAAUGUAAGGAUUGUGGCAAAGACUUUAGCCGGCACUCAGGCCUUAUGCACCAUCAGAGAGUUCAUACUGGUGAGAAGCCUUUUAAAUGUAAGGACUGUGGCAGAGGCUUUAGCCGGCACUCUGGCCUUAUAGCCCAUCAGAGAGCGCAUACUGGAGAGAAGCCUUAUAAAUGUAAGGAUUGUGGCAAAGGCUUUAGCUGGCACUCAGGUGUUACUUGCCAUCAGAGAAUUCACACUGGAGAGAAACCUUAUAAAUGUCAAAAAUGUGGAAAAGACUUUAGUCAACACUCUACUCUUACUCAACAUCAGCGAAUUCAUACUGGAGAGAAGCCUUAUAAAUGUAAAGAUUGUGGCAAAGGCUUUAGGCACCGCAGAGGUCUUACUCGCCAUCAGAGAAUUCACACUGGAGAGAAACCUUAACAAUAUAAAGAAUGUGGAAAAGCUUUCAGUCACUAUGCAACUCUUACGAAACAAGAGAAGGCUUAUAAAUGUAAGGAUUGUGACAAAGACUUUAACCCAGCACAUUGAUCUUACUUACCAUCAGAUAAUUCAUACUGAAGGAAAUCUCAUAAAUGUAAGGAAACCUGCAAAGGCUUUAAUCAGCUGUCUCACCUCACUGGACAUCAGAGAGCAUGUUCUAGAGGGAAACCCUAGUAAUGAAGUAAGACAUGGAAGAGGUUUGUCCUGAACAUAAGAUUCAGGAGACAAAAGACUUAUUUAUAUAAGAAAGAUAUGGAAUGACGUAAAGAAAAUGUAGGAAAGUAAAAAAAUCAAAUCUAAAUAAAUAUCAGGAAAUGCAUACUGGAAAGUAUUUCAUAAAUCCUGUUUUCUGACGUUCCUCUUAGGGAGAAAUAUUGUAGAUAGUGAUUCAUAGUUAAAAUAGAAAAUUGAUAUGUUAGUAUGAAUCACAAGAUGAAGAGGUGAUGUUUAGCUAUGUACAGUUACUAGCUAUGUAUGUUUGUUUAUAUUGACAUGAUUUGUGAUUAUUUGAAAACCAAAAUGAAUGUAACUGAAUUCUCAAAUUACUCCAUGCUAUACUUCAUUUCUAGUGUGCAUGCAAAGUUAUGUUUUUGAUGGUUGCUACCUCAAAGAUGAGAAAGGUAUAAUUUUUCUCCAUUGUAAGAUUAAGGACACAGGAAUGUAACAUGUACAGUGAACAUCUAAAUGGUGGUGUUUGUCAUUCAUGUCACACAUCCCUGUAAGUCACCAUGAUGUAAGUGUUCAGGGAAUAAUUCCACAGAUUAAGAUGUCCAUUUUCAAUAGUUGCAUCACUUGCUUUUAAAGUAAAAUAUAAUGACAGUUCACUAAAAUCUUGAUGUAUUUUAUAAUAUGAACAGAAGUCAUGAAUAUCAGCUGACAUAUUUCAAUUAAAGACAUCUCUGCUACCCUAGACAUGUACGGAAAACACUUCCAAGAAAAGUCUGUAAUUAGUGUACGUCUUCUUAAAUGAUUAGCCUCCCUUUUGUAACCGUAGAAAUCACAGUUCUCAGAUCAUUGUAUCAGAGGAAAGAUCAUCAUCGUUUAUGCUUAUAAUCUGUAUUUUAACCAAAGUGACAUAGCGGAGUGUAAAAGGUUUUGUUCUGUGUGUGAUAAGCAUACAUGUUAAUCAAUAAAACUGAAUGGUUUCUUGUGUAAA